CACUCGCCGGGGGCAGCGCGGCGGGGCGGGGAGGGUCGGGGGGCGCCGCCGCCGCGCCAUGGCGGGGCGCUGAGGGAGCGCCGCCCGGCAGCCGGCCCCGCCGCGGCAUGGGCAGCCGCGGGGUCGUGCGAUGAGCGCUGCCCCCCGCGCGAAUAUGGGCACAGCCGUGUCCAAAAGGAAGACGCUGAGGAACGAGGCCAUGUCGUCGGUGGCGGCCAAAGUGAGAGCGGCAAGGGCUUUUGGAGAAUAUCUUUCACAAAACCACCCCGAAGGCAGAAAUGGCUCAGAUCACCUGUUAGCAGACUCCUAUAUCGGCCAGGAGGACUCCCCCGAGAUGCAGCAGGCAGCACAGAACAAGCGCAGGCUCUCCGUCAUCUCCGAUGGCAAGUUUGAGAGGAGCUUCUCUGAGGAGCAGACAGAGAAGAUGCCAAGCGAGGGACCGAAGCCACGGGUCUACACGAUCUCCGGCGAGAGGCCGAUGCUGUCAGACCACGAGAACGAAAGCAUGGAACUGGUGGUGAUGAAGGGGGCUGCCCAAGAGGAAUGCCACCACGGCCACCAUGCGCACAGCGCUGGCGGCUCUCACGGCGUCAGCAGGCACUGCAAGGGCUGGCCAGGCAGCCGGCAGGGCUCCAAGGAGUGCCCAAACUGCUCCCGGCUUGCUGCCCCUUCCCAUCAUUCCUUUGACCUGGAGCAGCAUCAAUCCAGUGAGACUGGGUGGCACAGAAAAAGGCUGGAGAGGAUGUACAGUGUCGAUCGAGUGUCUGAUGAUGUCCCCAUACGAACCUGGUUCCCAAAAGAGAACCUCUUCAGUUUUCAAACUGCUACUACAACUAUGCAAGCGGCGUUCAGGGGCUACGCAGAAAGGAAGAGACGGAAACGAGAGAAUGAUUCUGCAGCUGUUAUACAGAGGAAUUUUCGGAAGCACCUCCGCAUGGUGGGGAGCCGAAGGGUUAAAGCACAAACAUUUGCCGAACGGCGUGAGAGGAGCUUCAGCAGGUCCUGGAGUGACCCGACUCCCAUCAAAGCUGAUUCCUUCCAUGACUCUCGAGAAAGCCAUGACCUUCAGGAUUCCUGCGGCACUUUGGAUGGCGACUUUGACUUGAACUGGGAAGCAGAAAAGGAGCUUGAAGCCAUGGCAUGCGAUGGAGAAGACUUUAUUCCACCAAAAAUAAUGCUCAUUUCUUCCAAGGUGCCCAAAGCUGAGUAUGUCCCAACAAUUAUCCGCAGGGACGAUCCCUCUAUCAUCCCCAUUCUCUAUGACCAUGAACACGCCACCUUUGAUGACAUCUUAGAGGAAAUAGAGAAGAAGCUUAACAUCUAUCGGAAAGGCUGCAAGAUCUGGAAGAUGCUGAUAUUUUGCCAGGGAGGUCCCGGCCACUUAUACUUAUUAAAGAACAAAGUUGCCACCUUCGCCAAAGUGGAGAAGGAGGAAGAUAUGAUCCUCUUCUGGAAGAGGUUGAGCCGUCUGAUGAGUAAAGUCAAUCCUGAACCAAAUAUCAUUCACAUCAUGGGCUGCUAUGUUCUCGGAAACCCCAAUGGGGAGAAGCUAUUUCAGAAUCUGAAAAACUUAAUGAAUCCUUAUAGGGUUGCCUUUGAGUCUCCACUUGAACUAUCAGCUCAAGGUAAGCAAAUGAUUGAGACUUACUUUGACUUCCGCCUUUACCGCCUCUGGAAGACCCGCCAGCACUCUAAACUUUUGGAUUACGAUGACAUUUUAUGAGCUGGAGAGGACUUUGCAAGAAGUUGUUGAUCACCAGUGUCCAAGAAGUCAUGCUUAUUGCAGAGAGACUUUUUUAUUGGCACAGGGAGCCCUUCAAAGCCCUACAGGAGGCAGCAGAGCUAAAGGGAGGGAAGAAGGAGCCCUCAGAAGUGUAUCGGGAGGAAAGUCUCCUGGGUCAAGAGAGACUGGAGGGAAAGGGUUUGACACCUCACUCGCCUCAGGUCAGAGCCGUGGUGUCUCAGGAGGAGCUGUGUGAAAUGAGGACAGGAUGGAGUUCCUUGCAGAACUGAGCUGUUUUGGGUCAGAAUGGGCCAGAUUUGAUUCCAGGUCCUUUUAAAGACUUUUAAAGCUCAGGUUUUCUUACAAAAAAAAAUAAAUUACCCAUGCACUACAAUGAGGAAGUGACCAGAGCACAGAGGAGGGAGGGUUUGGUACUGAUGGGACCUUCUGUGCUUGGGGGAUCUCGGAGAGCAAGGACUGCUACACCUACUCCUGCAAGCUUAGAUCAAGAUGAUCCAGUUUCAAUGUGAAUAUAUACUGGAAUAUAGAAUUGAAGUCUAACACUUUUUGUUUUGUUUAAUAGAAAAUAAGUGCAAUUUUUAUAGAGAGGGGGGUAAAAUCUCUCCCAAUAUUUAAUUAGUUAAAAAUAACACACCAGUAACCAAUAGAUGAGGUAUUUUUGGUCUGCUUGAAAAUAUAUUCAAAAUGGUAAUAUAUCUUCUGUAGACAUAUUUAAUCACCAGCAAACAUGGUUUUAACAUAACUUAGCAGACCCUGCAUGUCUGCUGCAUUGAUUAAUCUGGUUUGGUUUGUUACUUUCAGAGUAGCUGUGUUGCACUAAUUGUAUGUGCUCUCACGAAUGUAUAUUUCUCCUCCAGUUAGCCACAACUUUGUUACUUUCUAUUUUGCUGCUUGCAAAACUAUGUGACUUUAGUUUUGCUGAAAUAUUUUAGGUUAGGAAUACAGUGUCUGACUGGGAAACCUCGGUCAGGUUCUCUAUGGUAUAAAAAUGAAUUAGAAAUUAAUAGCCAUGGUAAUUACUUGUUCAUGCCGGUGUUUUGCUACGUGUUGAGAGAUGAGUUCUCUUUCUAGUCUGCUGUGUUGAACAGCGAGGUUACAUGACCACCGGAAAUCCUCCAAGGAGACUGAGGCAUUUGGAAGAAAUGCUUCUUGAAGAAUACAGCCCGGGUUUGUAGCAUGAGUUUGAAUUUUCCCUAUGCUCACUUGAUUGCAAGUUGUUUGUGCAUAGAUCACCUCUUUUCCAAUGCUAUAAAGACCUGUUUGUUGGUCUGAGCUGCUCACAUCCCUUCCUGUGUAGGACAAAGUAAACACAGAGCUUUGUCAAAGCAGGUGUGGUUUGAGAACCCAGAUUUGUACUUGAUAUUUGAGGAUAUAUUUUGGAAUAUAUUUACUUCUUGUUUGUUUAGGGUGGGGGUUGAUUUCUGUUUUGGGAUGGGUUUUGUUUUGUUUUGUUUUUUCAUCUGCAACUCUCCAGUUCAGAGGAUAAAUACUACUUAGUCUGUGUUGGUCACUAGCUGUUCUGGGAGAUUAUACAAUUUAUUUCUUAUAUAAGUGAAAUGUACUGGGGAAUAACAGGGAAGGAUUACCUUGUUUUCCUCAUUUCCUGCUAUCUAAAUUAUUUCAUUGUGAAGUGAUGGCAAAUACAUGUACAAAUCUUGUUUUAAAUACUUAGAAAAAGAACUAGCUGUUCUGACCUGUAGAGUACUCCUUCCCUCUGUGACAUGUCUGUGGUUGUAAUUUUGGGGAGCAGGUCCCUGGCUAGAACUGCUGAACCCUGUACAUUUACAGCAGUUUUAUAGCAAAGCUUUCAAAGAAACAUUGUACAUAUGGUAAGUAAGGAGAGGAAUAGGUGGAGAGAGAGUCUGGAGCCAUUGGAAGUAACACAUUGAACCAAAUAGCUGUGAGCUGUUUCCUCCCCCUCUGGUUAAGAGCUGUUAGGAGGCUGCCCUGCGCCUGUUGAGCUGGCGUGACGAUGGGGAGGGCUGGUACCUGCACCUCGCCCCUGGCCGGACUCAUGUUUUCCAGAUCUGUAGUGAAGCGAAUAGUGAGCAGAGACCUAUGAUUUGGGGAAAAAAGUGACAGAUAUUAAAAAAAAAAAAAGCCAAUUUUCUGUUAUUUAGCAUGGUAGCUUCCACCAGCUGUGGUUGUGAGAGGUGGGAGCCGUAGGUACCAGAAAGAAAAGUCAUACGUUAUUUAGAGGAGAUGGUAGUGGCAGGAUGAAAAUGCUGAAGCAAAACUCUCUCCCUUUCUAAAACUCUCUCCCUUUCUGACCCUUUUACCUCCUAUGGUUAUGCUCCUAACUGGAGACAAACAAAUUGUUCUUCCUCUUUCUUUUCUAAAGUAAAAUCCCAAUUCAGUGAACUUGGUAGCAUGAAUGUAGCAUUGUGGAACUAUUGAAAAUCUUCUAUAACUCUGAAAGGGCCCAUUUAUAUAUCCACUUCAGUGAUUUAUCUGUAGAACUAGUGUAUAUCUAUUAUCAUUGACCACUUGUAGAACUUGGGUUGCAAAGUAGAAGGGUAGAUUGUACAGUUGCAUAACUUCUGUAGGAAGAUGUAUGUUUGAAUGAACACUACGACUGUUUUACUGGUGCAGUUGACUGUAGUACAAGUAUAAUGACAAACAAUUAAUGCAUUUCUCUCUUUUCCAAAGAUCUAUAUUCCACAUAGUUUGUGAUGUUUAUGACAUGAGCGUAUUAUUUCCUUUGUAGCAUUCAUUUAACUAAAGAGAUGAAAUACUCUAAAAGCUGUGAUGGGAAAGACAAUAGAAUUUUGGUGUUUAAAGUCUUCUGUGCAAAUAGUGUCAUUGAAGUGUUAACCGUUUUUGAAAGAGGAAAAGAAGACUUCUUCCUCUUUAACUUGUUGAAUUUUUCAAGUGUCUGUUGGGGAAGGAAGGGAUCAGCAGAGGAUAGGCUGAAAAAAAAAUUGUAAGUAUUUAAACUGUAGUGUUAAAAAUAGAGCCUGUAACUUCCUCAGUUGGACCAACCUGUAAAAGAUGACCUCUGUGUGCAGUUGCCAUCAGGGCACGGCACGGCACAGCCAGCACAUCCCCUCCGCAGAGGUCAGGCGCCCGUUCUUGCACGCCGCGCGCCUGUGCAGUGGCUUCUGUUCAGGGCAGCCCCCGGCAGUGCCUGCAAGGCACAGCUUGCCUGCAGGGCGCUCUGCCUGGGGGAACUGUGGCUGCUGAGCACACAGGACAAUUUGUCCUUCCACCUCUUCAGGCUUUUCCAGCUUUGGGCUAUCUGCUGUUCAGAUGUGACUGUCGGAAGCCCUAAAACAGGUUUGCUCAUACACAGUAAUUGCUGUCUAAAUUGGAGCUUACCUCUAAUAAGGAUAAUUCUAGUGAGCAGUUUGCGGUUGAGCAGGUGAGCUCAUGCUAACCAUCCCUGUUAGAGGAUCAGCAGCCCUUUUGCUUUGGGCUCUGCACCGUUAUGUGCUGCCCCACCACGGCGGGCUGCCUGGUGUUACUGCAGCUCCUGGGCAGUCUGGAUUUGCUCUUAGCAAGGGCAGGAGAAACAGGGACACCAGUUUAACCCCGAGAGAAGUAGAUUAAAUUGGGAUAGCUAAAUCGUUUCACCCCAACCAUGUGUGAGAGCUUCUGCUCUUCUUUCUGUGAGGCAGUGCAGGAUGUCACCUCUAACCCUUCUCCUGGCCUGAUGAACAUCAGCAGAGGGCUAUUCUAGUUGCAGUGCCCUGGGCUGGGAUCAUCGCUUCCAGGAAAGAAGAAAGGGAAGCCCCAAGUGCGUCAGCUGCUCAGUCUGGUGCUCCUCGGCCAGGCUCAGGCACUGGAAGCAGCUGCUGACAGUGUGGUGCCUGCAGAGAACAUUCACUCUGCUGUAGAGGCCUGGGGGGGGGCAUCUUUUUGGAUGGCACUUGUUUUACACAAGGUUUCCUAGACAGGCUUUUCUCUUUUCACUUCCAUUGGCUGGGAAGGAAAGGAAAGAAGAAAAUUCAGUUACCUGGGGGACAGAGGAAAAACUAAUACAGCUUUUGGCACCCCUCCUCAUGCUGCAGCCACCAGCUUCCCUUUGCAGCUGACCUCCAGGCCUGGGAUGGGAAACAGGAACUGGCAGAUCAGCCCUUUACUGCGUUAAGUAAACAGAAAAAUCCUUGUAGCUCUAGUGAAACAUCUGACUGCAAAAGGCAGCCAGCCAACUCUCCCUGUCCCUGUGUGAGGACUCUGCUGUGCAUAACUGUGGGACCUACCCACUUCUGCCUCCGAGUGCCUCAGGAGCAGCUUGAGCCACGUCUCAUGGCCUUGGGGAGCUCUGCUCUGCCUCCAAGGAGCACUGCUUUGCUGAGGGGACUCUGGAAAUGAAUUUGUUCCUUAUUUCCCAGCCUGGACUUGUCUGAAGCUCGGCACAGUUUUCCUGCUCCAGUGGCUUCUGGACAGCAUGCAUGUACGUGCUUUCACACCGUCUCUUCACACGCAGUCACGUUCCCCAUGCUCUGGGGGAGACUUUCCUCCUCAAUUGCCCUCGCUUGUUCUGCCACAUGCAGUAAAGCAUAAGGCAAUGUCACCGUUGUCGUCCAUGCGGUGUUAGCAUCUCUCCAGCUCUUGGCAUGCAUCCAUUUUGCAAAUAGCUGCUGUUGUUUCAGGACCCGACUGUGUUAGUGACCUGCGGCUGGGAGUUCCUGUUUCCAGGGCUCUGCUGGCAAAGUGGCUGCAAAUGCUGCUUUGUCACCUUCAGGCAACACAAUCGGGGCUAGCUGAAAGAGGGAAGUGCUGAUUAAAUAGCCUGGUGGGACCUGGAAGGGGGAGUCUGUCCUUAACGCCAGCCCCGCCAGGAGGUGGAACAACAGGCUCGUUCUGCUUUCUUUGUGUCCACGUAAACAUUCAACCCAUCAAAACCCAGUUUAAGAGUGACACAUACAUUACUAAUGAUCCAGGAUGUGAUAUGUUACUAUGGUUAAAAAAAAUCCUUCUGAGGCUGUUGGCAAUUGGCAUGAGUUGCCAGAACAUCAGAGGAUGUGCUGGACUGUGUCAUCCUUCCCCGAGCAACCCAACCACACUGCCAGGAGCAGGAAGGAGAUUUGCAGGUACAUGUUCAGCUGAAUCACUCCAUACUCGUGGUUUUGCCAUAACGUUCCCUGGACCUGGUGAUACAGACAGACCUUCCUCAAGGAUGCCAAACAGAUAUCCUCCCUGGGGAUUUCCAAGCCAUCUGUAAAAAAAUAAAAUAAAAUAAAAAGUUGUGAUCCUGUAUCUUGUCCCACCGGUCACAGAAUAUCUGUGGUUUUCUACGUCUUUCAUAAAACUGUUUUUUUUAUUUCUCCAUUGUGGAAAUACAAGCCAAAGUCAACUGGAAACUGUUAUAGCCUUGAUGAGAAGUCAGCUUGUAAUAAUAAUUGUUUACUGGAGCUGUGAGUAAAUGGGUGGUUUAAUGACUAUGAACCUGGCUGUAAUUGUCAUUACUCCCAGGUAAUCAGUAAGAUAUCAGAGUUUGCUGUCUAUCUACAAUCCCAGUGAUAGCUGCUUUGAUUCAAAAACAAAUUCUGCCCAACAUACUGCCAAUCAGUGUGGAAAACAUGGAAGACUGGAAGUAACAAAAUUAUGCACAUUAAAUGUAAAUAAUCCACCUGAAGGGAAUCUAAAUUGCAUUUUUCCAUAAAUGUUUAAUAAACUUUAAAGAACA